GGCAGAGCGAAGGAAGCCGACGAGGGCGAUUUGGAAAUCCAAACGAGGCCAAAGUUUCAUCUCGCAUUUAGACGAUGUUUCACUUCCCAGCUCCUCCAGGCUGAGAGGCAACUCCCGAAAUAGCGCUGCUUGCUGGGAAGACUGCAUGCAGGGGAAAAAAAUGGCUGAAUUGGUCUCGCCGGUUACUCGACAGGUUUCUACGGAAAAGUGGAAAGCUGGAACCCCAAUUGUCGAUAUCAACCUUAAAGAUGUCGAGGACUGUUUGAUUUACGACCGCCGUGGAGUCUCUUUCCUUUUCAAGAGUUUAUAUCAAGAUAGCAAAUCGGUCAUUAUUUUCGUCCGGAAUUUCUUGUGCUACAGCUGCAAGGAGUAUGUUGAUGAUUUAAGCAAAGUGCCAAGAGGAGCGCUGGAGGAGGCUGGAAUAAGACUGGUUGUUAUAGGUCAGUCUACUCAUCAACAUAUAGAGCCUUUCUGCUUGCUGACGGGCUAUUCUCAUGAAAUGUAUGUGGAUCCAGAAAGGUCAAUUUACCUAAAGCUUGGGAUGAAAAGAGAGGAGACGUUCACAGACUCUGCGCUGCCCAGUCCUCAUGUGAAGUCUGGUUUAUUUAUGGGCCAAAUAAAGAGCAUAUGGAGGGCUAUGACCAGCCCUGCCUUUGAUUUUCAAGGUGAUUUGCAUCAACAAGGUGGAGCCAUCAUUGCAGGACCAGGCUCUCAAGUUCAUUUUUGUCACUUUGAUAUGAACCGACUGGAUCACAUGCCCAUCACCUGGCUCCUCCAACUAGCUGGAGUUCAACAGAGUCUGGACUUCAGUCCUAAACCAAAAAUUAUGCAUGUGUAGCAUUAAUUAAUUCGGGAUUAUUCAUUUCCUGUAUGCCGCUAGAUGUCUUCUUUUGUUUCUGUUUAUGAAGUAAAUUAAAGCUCCUAUGUUACCAA